CAUUGUUCCGACAGUUGGUGUUGAUCCAUCGGAUAGAACGGAUCUUGAUUGGAUUAUUUCUUAAUUAACCCCAAGAUCCUCAAUUGAAGAAUUAGGAUUUUUCCUCUACUAUUCAUUAGAACGCUGCAAAGAUGACUAAAAGGACCAUGCUGUACAGUUGCAUGGUUGUAUGUGCGUUAUUUUUUGCGCGUGCUCAAAGUUCUAGAGUUAAGUUUAUCAGCGAUUAUGAUAAUGAUGAUAAUACUGAUACAUCAAUAAUCAGAGAAGCAGUGAAUAUUGGGCGUGGAAUUAGUGGACUUCUGUUUGGCGUUAGACCAUCACGGCACCGAACAACAGUGCGACCAGUUGCUAAACAUCCUACUAAUGAGCAUCCUUUCGACUCGAGCGGAAGUAAUGGAUUUUCGGUAGCGGCUGCCGGGGCUGGUUCGCAAAGCAUCCAGCAUGGACAAGCGGGAACAUCUGCUGCUGCUGCUAACGCUCAGUCCACAGCUAUCAAUGGUGGUCAGUCAGGGAUUGGAGGAUCGGCAGCAGGUGCCAGUGCAAGCGCUACAACUGCGACAAACGGUGGUCACGGCGGGUUUACUGGAAGUGCAGCUGGAGUCAAUACUCAGAGUUUCUCCGGAAGAUUUCCAGGGACCAGCAUUUCUGCUUCUGGUGCCAAUGCCAAUGCAUAUAAUUCUAUGAAUGGACAAGGCGGAGGGUCGGCUUCUGCCGCCAAUGCUCAAUCUUCUAGUUUCAAUUCGAGAUAUCCAGGGUUUGGAUUUUCAGGAUCUAGCUCCAGUGCAAAUUCUGCUAACCAGGGUUUCGACUCUGUUUUUGGAUCUACAGGAAGCAGUGCCGCAGUUGCAAACACUCAGUCGGUGUCAGUAAACUCCAACGGAGUUGACGCUGCGGCCUCAAAUGCCAAUUCAAAUGCAUUCAAUCAACAAAUUGGGGACUUCGGUUCGUCUAGUUCCAAUGCGAAUGCCAAUGCCUUCACACAUGGAUUUGGAUCGAAUGGGUUCGGAAGUAGCGCGGCCAAUGCACAGUCAAGCUCAUUUCAAAGCGCGAGCCCAUUAGGAUCGUUCGGAGCGUCCAAUUCAGCGUCUCAGUCACAAGGAUUUUCAGUUGGUGCUGGAGGUAUUUCCGGUUCAUCUGCAAUUUCCGGAAGUCAAACUUACAGAGUGCCUUAUCACAAAGAUAUAACGUUGUCAUAUUCUUCGGGUUUCUCUGCAUCGAAUUCCGGCCGCAAUCCAAUAGCUUCGAAUGGCCAUUCAUUUACCUUUAGCUAGUUUUAGGCAUUGCAAUAAUUAUCAGUAGGGGUCUUAGGAAAAGUAUUAAAAUUCUAUGUUCGUAAAAAGUUCCCUUUGAGUCGUUUGGGAGCGAUUUCAUUUCAUCACAGCAACAAUAUUAAACGUAAAUUAGUGAUUUGAAACAACGCCGCAAGCUCACUUAAGAAAUCUUUAAUAUCAUGAGAAAGUUCACUAAUUCGUUUGAUUAAAUCUUCUAUUCAUUUUUCUUUGGUUCAGUAUCACACACUCAGCAAAAUAAGGCUGGAUAUCAUGCAUGAGUAGAAAUAGGCAAACCUAUGCAGUCAGUGACUCGUACUUUGAAAAAAAUAAUGGUUUAAUGGAGGGGGGAGGUAAAGCCUGAAAAAAAAACUUUGUUUGCGAAUUUUUUAGAACUUUGCGUGAAGCAAAUUGGAUCAAAACUUUUGGACAUUAUAGAGUAUCAUUUCAAUAACAUGCUAUAAUUUAUCUAUGCAAAAAUAUCAUGUCGCAUGUAAUUUUAAAUGUUCUUUGUUUUGGUGGCAUUGUAAGGGAACACGUAUCCGCCGGUUGAUGCCAAUCGAGCUGACAUUUCUUCAGACUGAACAAACUAAUUUAUUUGUUUGUUUAGUGUGAUUUGAUCAACUAGGAAAAUAAUCCACUGGGUAUUUAAUGCGUGUGGGGAACACGCAUGGUUUUGUUUGAGUGAAUGAUGACUUUUGAAUUAUGUAGAGGGCUGAGAAUUGACAAUUCGCAAGAAGAAUUCAAAACCAGCCACCAAUUUUUGGCAGUCAUAUCAGCACGAAAAACAAAUGUUUUAUUGUCACAUUCAUUGGUUUACUUUCAGUCAAUUAAUAAUAUGUACUGUUCUUAAUGUAUUGAAUACUUGGAGUAGUACAUGCACUAUAUUACUGUCAUGUUAACCAGAUGAAAAUUUAGAAUGGGACGUAAGUAACAUUGAAAGCCUCUCUUUGGUUAUUUUUUCUUUCGAUUAUUACGACGUCACUAUAACGCUUUGCACUAAUUUUCCAGUACAUAUCGAAAGCCGAUGGUUUUUACUAGAAUAUCAUGCAAAAAGUUGAGUACUUAAUGUCGAAACGACCGAGUAAUGAACAGAGGUGAAAGACCCCUUAGAGAAUCUCUCAUUGUUAUUUACGUCCCAUUUUAAAUUUUCUCUAGAUUUCUUCAUGAGUUUUCAAUCUUGUUCUAGAAAUUAGAAUAAAAAACCUCGCACAUAUCAUCGGUUGUUCAACGUACAUCCGACAUAUACAGUUAGCCGUUUCAGGUAUUUCAGUAGACCUUAUCUUAUACCGCUUAAAAUGUGUUUUAGAUAGCAUAACAACGCGCACGAAUAAUAAUAAGAAACAAUCGUCCGCGAAGAAAGAAGCCUAUACAUAAUUGUCAUUAAUACCAACAAUUUAUACACGAUAAAUAAUGCAUGUAUUACAAAUCCUUUAAUUACAUAUAUAUAUCGACAAAUGUCGCGAGUCACUUAAAGUAAUCGCUUUUUAUUAUGUUGUAUUGUUUUUUGAAUGCAGUGUUUCGCCAGAAUGAAGAAGCAAGGAAUAAUACAUAAUAAUUCACCUGCCAUGUGAUUCAAUUAAACAUAGACAACACACCUGACUGUCGGCUGUCUGGAGCUGAAGUUACUUUUUUAAAUCGAGCAUUUCAAAAUUAAUUCUAAAAUCGAUGAAUCUUUAAUAAAUUCUCGGCAGUCAGCUGUCCAUAGCGAUGAACACAUGAUAACACUACUGAGAGUUGCAUAGAUCGUAUCACUAAUCAAGGUGAAUCCAGAUUUGUGUAACUCUUUGUCGCAUCUUACCAACAAAACUCCUUCCUGUGGAAAACGUGGAGAUGGUAUAUACGGUCCCCAUAACAACGUUUGUUGCACUAACAUUCCGUCCCUUGAAACUUUGGCGUAAAAAGCUCGAAAGGUGCACAGUGAGGGUUGGUAGCUAUUCCCAGGUUCCAUUCCUUGAUUCUCUGUGCAAUCAUGGAGUAACAACUACGAAUUGUACGGUCAUUAUGCUCAUGCUCAAUUUUAUUCAUUCGGGAA